AUGGGCUAUCCCGAUACCUUUGAGGGGUUCAUGAUCAAGGACCAGAAGAAAUGGACCGAGUUUGAGAAAAAAGAGUUCAAACCCAAGAAGUUCGGCGACCACGAUAUUGAUAUCAAGAUCGAGUGCUGUGGCGUCUGCGGCUCUGACGUUCACACCAUCAAUGGCGGCUGGGGGGAAGCACCACUGCCCAUCUGUGUGGGCCACGAGGUCGUUGGUCACGCUGUCAAGGUCGGAGACGCCGUGAAGACAGUCAAGGUUGGAGAUCGUGUCGGUGUCGGGGCUCAGAUCUGGGCAUGCCUCAAAUGCCCUCAGUGCAAGAGUGACAACGAGAACUACUGCCCACACAUGGUCGACACAUAUGGAUCUCCUUACCCAAAAGAGGUCGACCCAGACGAGACCAUCUCCCAGGGCGGGUACGCGUCCCACAUACGCGCCCACGAAUACUUCGUCUUCCCUAUUCCCGAUGCCAUUCCCUCCCACCUCGCUGCUCCCAUGCUCUGUGCGGGAUUGACGACUUGGAGUCCACUCGUGCGGGCGGGUAUUGGUCCAGGCAAGAAGGUGGCAGUUGUGGGCUUGGGAGGCUUAGGCCACUUUGGAGUUCUGUGGGCGAACGCUCUGGGCGCUGAGGUCACCGUCAUCUCGCACUCCCCGAACAAAAAGGAGGAUGCUCUCAAGCUGGGCGCAAAAGAGUUUGUGACAAAUACCGAGAAGGGAUGGGCAGACAAAUACGCCUAUGCUUUUGACUUCGUGCUCAAUACCGCCGACAUGACCCACACCUUUGACUUGAGUGAGUAUUUGUCGCUUUGCAAGGUCAAUGCCACAUUCCACCAAGUCGGCCUGCCAGACGAGCCUCUGCCACCACUGAAACCCCAGAUGUUUAUGAGCAACGGCAGCUCCAUUGGCGCGAGCCAUAUCGGUAACAGACCUGAGGCUUUGGCUAUGUUGAAACUCGCAGCCGAGAAGAAGAUCCUCCCCAUGGUCGAGACCGUUCCCAUCUCGGAGAAAGGAUGUGCCGAGGCGGUAUCUCGCGUUGCAGCCAACAAGAUGCGAUAUCGAUUUACCUUGACGGAUUACGACAAGGUAUUUGGCGCCCGUGAUUGA